GGUGACAGGCGAUCUGUCAGACGGUGGCCUAGACGGCGCAAAUAAUGGAUGGCCGCCGCUCUGCGCUGUAAACGUCGCUGCUUCGGUCGCUUGGGGUCGUCGUGGUUGGCGGCCAGUCGCCUUGUCAGCAUGGAAGCGGCCGCCUCGCCCUCCACGCCGGCCCCGCGGUGGCUCGGCGCUUUGCGGUUCGACAACCGGGCUCUGCGGGCUGUGCCGCUGGAUCCGAGCGAGGAGAACGUCCCUCGGGCCGUGUCGGGCGCCUGCUUCUCCCGGGUGCGGCCCACGCCGGUGCGGUGCCCGCGGCUGGUGGCCGCCUCCGCGCCGGCGCUGGCUCUGUUGGGCCUGAAGGAACCGCAGACGCCGGAGGAGGAAGACGAGGCCGCGCUCUGCUUCAGCGGGAACCGGCUGCUGCCGGGAGCGGAGCCGGCCGCCCACUGCUACUGCGGCCACCAGUUCGGCAGCUUCGCGGGGCAGCUGGGCGACGGCGCCGCCAUGUACCUGGGGGAGGUCUUGAACCCGUCAGGGGAGCGCUGGGAGAUCCAGCUCAAGGGCGCCGGACUCACCCCUUUCUCCAGACAAGCAGAUGGUCGUAAAGUUUUGAGAUCGAGCAUAAGAGAAUUCCUUUGCAGUGAAGCCAUGUUUCAUCUAGGAAUACCAACCACCAGAGCAGGGACAUGUGUAACAUCUGAUUCAGAAGUUAUUCGAGAUAUAUUUUAUGAUGGAAAUCCCAAAAAAGAAAAGUGUACAAUUGUAUUAAGAAUAGCACCAACAUUUCUUAGGUUUGGAUCAUUUGAAAUUUUUAAAUCUGCUGAUGAAUUUACAGGACGUAAAGGUCCCAGUGUUGAUAGAAAUGAUAUUAGAGUUCAAAUGCUUGAUUAUGUGAUCAGCACUUUCUAUCCAGAUAUUCUACAAACACACCCUGACAAUAAUGUUCAGAGGAAUGCUGCUUUCUUUCGAGAGGUAUCAAGACGGACAGCCAGGAUGGUUGCUGAAUGGCAGUGUGUUGGAUUUUGUCAUGGUGUGCUCAACACGGAUAAUAUGAGCAUCCUUGGACUUACAAUUGACUAUGGACCUUUUGGAUUUAUGGACAGGUACGAUCCUGAACAUAUUUGCAAUGGAUCUGAUAACACAGGACGAUAUGCUUAUAAUAAGCAACCAGAGAUUUGUAAGUGGAAUCUAACCAAAUUUGCUGAAGCCUUAGCCCCAGAACUUCCACUGGAAAUCAGCAUGCCCAUUCUGGAGGAGGAAUAUGAUGCAGAAUUUGAAAAGCAUUAUUUGCAAAUCAUGAGAAGGAAACUAGGUUUAAUUCAGCUUCAGCUAGAUGAAGAUAAUAAGCUGGUCUUUGAUCUCUUGGAGACUAUGCACAUUACAGGUGCAGAUUUUACAAAUACUUUCCGCUUGUUUAACUCCUUCCCUGUGGAUUUUGAUCCUUUAAACCUAGAAGAGUUUCUGGAUCAGAUCUCAAAGCAAUGUGCAUCUUUGGAGGAACUGAAAAUUGCCUAUAAGCCUCAGAUGGAUCCCAGACAACUUUCCAUGAUGCUGAUGUUAGCACAGUCUAACCCACAACUUUUUGCCUUAAUUGGGACAAAGUCUAAUAUCAAUAAGGAACUGGAACGAAUAGAACAGUUCUCUAAGCUGCAGCAAUUAACAGCCUCCGAUUUAGUCAAUAGAAAUAAGAAAAGCUGGAAAAAUUGGCUGCAGAAUUACAGAGUUAGGCUGGAAAAAGAAAUGGAACACAUUAGCAAUACUGACACAUGGUAUGAUGAGCGUCUGAAAAUUAUGAAUGCUAGCAAUCCAAAAUAUAUAUUGAGGAACUACAUUGCUCAAAAGGCUAUUGAAGCAGCAGAAAAUGGUGACUUUCUAGAGGUGAGAAGAGUCUUGAAACUCCUAGAAAGGCCAUAUGAAGAGUCAGAAUGCUUCCUGGAGGUAUCUGAGGAGAGGGAGGAGGAAGAAAGUGUGAUGGCAGCUGCUUCUGCUGUUGCUACCUGCAGCUCAGGAACCCAGGAAAAAAUUCCAUACAGCAGCAAGCCUCCCCUUUGGGCAUCUGAGCUCUGUGUGACAUGAUCUUCGUAACUGCCUUGCUAAAGUUUUCCCCAAAGAGGUUGCAAAACUCUUGGGAGUGGAAAGAGUAGCAAGGUGCUGUAGAAGUGCUAUUAAGUCUGAACAGACCAUUUGGGUGUUUUCCUGUCUCACCUGAGCCACAUUUAUUUUAUCAGAUGUGACAAUCAAUUCUCCGGGCACCCACUUAAUAUCAUAUGCGGGGUAACUCGGUAGGUUGAAGUUUUAUCUUCUUUCUUGAGCAGGAAAUGCUAUUAUAUUUUUAUGCAUACUAGCUGGUGAACAUCCAAAUGAAAUCUGUGUUUUUGAAGACAAAAAUAUGAAACCAGAUGCUGGAUGUAUUUUUGUCUGAAAAUGAACUACUAGUACUUCAGAGCUAUGUUUUUAAUUUUUACUUAUGCAGGGAUAUUUUGAUUCUUUCAUUGGAAAGCGAGUUGCUUUUAUUUUGAAGAUGUGUUUGACUUAAGCAGAUUGUUCAUUUAUUGUGAACUUCUGUGACUUGAUCAUGAAAAUAUUACUGGGCUUUAGGGAAAUAGUAAAACUGCACAUUGUAAAAAAGAAAAAAGGUAAAAUUCAGACAAAUAUUUUCAACAACUACUUUACAUGGAGUUGAAGAUAAUCUAUAUACACAUGGAUGUACAUCCAGAAACCUGAAUCACUGUCUCCACUUCCUUAUGAAUUAGGAAUCAUACAGCAAAUUAUAUUUUUCUUUUUGGUUCAAGGCUAUAUCCUGCUUUCUGGGUCUCUGCAUGCAUUUCACUGAAUGAGGAAUACUUAACACUUUACUCCCCCAAAAUAGAUUUUCUAAGUUAAUGGCACCAAUUACUUGUUGAAUAGAUGAACAAACUGUAUUUAGCUUUGUUACUCCUUAAGGCUAGCAAAGGGCCCUUAAGGGGUGAUUCAUUCGCACCCUUACUUAAGGAAUAUAGCCUCAAAGCGACAUCUUUAAACUAUAUUGCUGUAGUAGAUAAAAAUACAAAUUAAUGAUUUUGAACAAGCCUUCUGCGUUCCAGUGUUGCAUUUUAUGUAGGUUGAUAUAUUUUUGUGUUUCAAAUUUGCUACCUCAGGAGAAUCUUCCAUUUUUCCACUUUUUGUUAUCUGGGGUUUAUUGCCCAGUUAUAUUUUGAUUACAUUUGACUAUAGCAUUCAGCUUAUAUUUCAGUUGAAGAUCGUAUUUUACUGAAGAAUAUGUGUCUCAGUGGGUGGGUGGCAAUGGGUAGUUAAAAGAUAUUUUGUCAUGUUUUCAUUGAUCGGUGCUGGAUUAUGAUGCUCUUUUUGCAUUAAUAAUGAAAUCUUGCUUCUGUUGAUGAGAAGUUGACAAAUAGAGAAAUUCUGAAAAAUAAAAAACUAGACUACACGUGGUCUUUGAGUUACCACAGUUAUGGAGCCUGCCUUUUAUGGUCGUAAGUUGUGACAGUUGUAAAACAGGUCAGUCAUAGGACCAACCUGACUAGAUGAUCUUUUCUGCUGCAGUCAUUAAGCAAACACCACAGUUGGCAAGCAAAUGCCGUGGUUGCUAAGCAAGCCCAUUGUUCAUUAUGGCAUGGUUUUGCUGAAAUCUAGAAACUCCAGUUUGGGGCAAAACUGUCAUAAAAUGCAGUCAAGUGACUGUGGGAUGCUGCAAGCAGCUGUAAAUACACUAGUAUAUUUGAGCAGAGUGUAUACUUUGAGUGCUCAAAUGUGAGGUCAUGACAGCAAGGUUGGGGCAACCUUCAGAACUUCAGAUCCAGAUUGUAAGUCUCCUUUUGUGGAUCCGUCUUUGAAUAGUUGCUGACCAACUGGUCUAAGUUAAGGACCACCUGUGUUGAGAUAUUAAUAAGAUUUAAAGUCAUAUUAUAACUAUUACUAAGUCACUAAGUUAUACUAUUAAAAGGUCUUAUGUUUUUAGGUCUUUUGGUACUUGUUUAAAUAAAACAAAAUAGGACAAAUGAUGUGAAAAAAAAUAAUUAUUUUAUUGGCUCUGGGUUUCAGGGUAUUGCAAGGCAAUAAAAAUACAUGUGAAUGUUAUCAUGAUAUAAGUAUUUUAAAUGAGUGUUAUUAUUUUCAUCAUAGUGCAUAAAAUCUGCAACCUGUCACCAUGAGCUAUAUUAAUUGAAAAUAAAUGAAUUUGAUGAUG